AUGCUGGUCGAUCUGAAGCGAAAGUACAAGCAGUCGAAGUCGCUCAAAGAGCGCAACGGUUUUUUUCAAGAAGCUCGCCGCCUGGUCCGAUCGACUUCGGUGGAUCUCUCUACUCAGGAUGAGAAAUCGAUGACCACAUUUUUGAACAUCGCCACAAUGUUUAACUGCAAUGUUGAGGAUAAUAUUGAGCAGGCGGUGCAGUGGAUGCGGCAAAACCUUGGUGGUCUUUCUUCACAGAAUCUCGCGCUAUUCACAAACGCCAUUGGCGUUCUUGAGAUUCAGGACGCGAAGGUGAUCCUUUGCGAGGAUAUCAUUCCUGUCAUAAAGUCUCAUCUAAAUAAUAUGACCCCGGUGGAAAUUGUUAUGGUCCUUCAAGCCUUCCAGCGACUCCGUAUCAACGAUCAAGCCGAGUUUCAGAACGAUUUAUUGAUACUUCUCGAGCCGUGCAUUGAUACGAUGCAUAUUUCAGAGCUCUCCACACUAGUGACCACGUUAUCGUGGCAUCCCAUGAAGACAACGGACGAGCCACGGUGGCAUGCUAUGACGGAGCGCAUUAUCAAUAAAGUAUUGACUGAUGUCGAUCGGAUUCAUUCCAGAGAGGCGAUUACGUUAUUAUUGGCUUCAACUUUCCUGAUGAUCGAGCAAGAUCGCAUUGUACAGCUGCUUCGUCGAGUGACUACCACCUCCGGCUUUCACACUGAUGAACAGAUUGGGGAUAUUUUUCGCGCGCUGGCGAGAAUUCAUAAAAAUAUCGAAAAACCAGAGGAGGAGCUUAUUCACGCGUGCAAGGAGCUUAAGAAGGCUUUGUUGGCACGUCUUGAGCGUGUCGUUCAAUUCGCUAACAUUAAAUCCAUCACCAUCAUUUGGAGGAAUUCCAAAUUAUGUGAUGUCGAGUUACCAACAGCUCUCCAAGAACAGAUAUUGAAUGUUAGUAUGGAACGUUUCUUAUAUUAUCAACCACGCUUCAGAAUUAUUUGUAAUUUUGUCAAAGAGGCUAUAUUGCAAAAGUUGCCUUCCACUGCUAUAUUUCAUGUAUUCAGUGAUUACGCUAUAGGAAAGCGACCUCUUCGUCCUGAUCAAAACGAACAGGAUUCACCAAGCAGCGAUGCGGACGAUUCAGGCAUGUUCGCGCCGGAUAUUUUUUUUAAGAGACAUUUUUCUGAAUUGAUAUCUCUGCGUCUUUGUUUGGAAAACGUAUUUGCUGUAAACGGCGCCACUGCACCUUAUAGUCUUACCACGACGCUUCCCCAGGAGCUGCUUGCGCAUGUUGGAGAGAUAUUUCCCAAACAAGCUUUAGCGGUGGUGAGGACUAUUGCACUCUUUCCAGAUAAUAAGUUGCAGAACACUAAAAAUAACGAAGCACUGUUGGCAGCUAUUGAAGCUCGUAUUAAAAGAGAAGGAUCUGAAUUUUUCCGGGAUAUUUCGCCCAACUUUAUAGAGAAUGUCAAAAAAUCCAUCAUUGAUAAUCCAAAGACUCAAAAUAUGGCAGUGCUUCUUGCCAAGCUGGACUAA